AUGGAUACCACCUCAAAAGACAAGGCGCCCCCUGAAACCACGGUUAUCAGUAAUGCCGAAAAUGCCUCCUUCAUUUUGGGAACUGGAAAUCUUGUGACUCCACAGAAGCACGCAGCAGAAACGACUUCUAAUCUUUGCAUACCAGGUGCUUUUAAAUCACCUUUGAACUUUUCCACAGUAACCGUAGAGCAAUUGGGAAUUACACCUGAAAGCUUUGUUACGAUCUCUUCAGGAAAGUCAGCAUCCUACCUUAAAAAAUCCAGACGGCGUUCUACAGUUGGUGUUCGGGGCUCUCCUGAAACGAACCAUCUGAUUCGUUUCAUUGCCAAGCAGCGGAAUUUAAAGAAUGCUGCAAGAUCUCCUUUGGCACACGGUUCUCCUUUUCAGGGCAGUCCUGUACUGUAUCACAAUGUUAAUUCAUUAAAAGAGCGAAUAUCUGCCUUCCAGUCGGCUUUUUGCUCUAUAAAGGAAAACAGGAAAAUGGCUGACUGUCCGGAAUUUCCAGAGGCAGAAACAGAGUUCACGACAACAGGCUUGACUAAAAAGGAAGGUCAUGGUGAAUGUCAGCAGUCCAGAUUCCCCACAAACUUAUCAUCCAAACGUAGGAAAAUAUCCUCUCAGAGCAACUCUGAUGAAAAUCUAAUUGAUGCCAAAGGAAAAGUAAUUGAUCUCCAGCUAUUCAGUAUUGAUACCGACAGAACACAUGCUGUUGAAACUUGUGCAGAUCUUUCUGAGAAAUCAUCUCAGCUUGGCUUAACACAGUAUGGAUGUUCAGUUGAAGAGUCUAUUCCCAUUUCAGAGCUCACAGAGGCUUCAAAUGGACUCAGGGUUGCUGACUGUGUAGAGGACAAAGGGUCAAGUGCUCCUGUUCCACCUGACAAGUUUACAGCAGGAGUGAGCUCCGACAUGGUCCCUGACCUCAAGUCACCAGCUCCUCCAGCGUGCAGGAGGGACAGUCCAUCCACUGAGACCUUUGUACUUCGCUCUGUACUGAAGAAACACUCUGCUAAGCUGUUUUCAGAGCACUUACAGGAACACUGUGACAACCUCUGCGAUGAUGGGACUCAACCAAGCUCAAUUUCAAAUCUUGCAAACUGUUGCAGAGAACGAAAAGUGGAAGAUCAAGAAAAUUGUAAAGUACCGACCUUUCUAAAUAUGAGGAAGAGAAAGAGAGUUACUUUUGGAGAGGACCUAAGCCCUGAAGUGUUUGAUGAAUCUUUGCCAGCAAAUACUCCACUGCGUAAAGGAGGAACACCUGUUUGUAAAAAGGAUUUAAGUAGUAUCAGUCCUCUGCUACUUGAGCAGUCACCAGUUCCUGAGCAAUUACCUCAACCAAAUUUUGAUGACAAGGGGGAGAAUCUUGAAAACAUAGAACCACUUCAGGUAUCAUUUGCCGUUCUGAGUUCUCCAAAUAAGUCUCCAAUCUCUGAGACUCUUUCAGGCACGGAUACCUUUAGUUCUUCAAAUAACCACGAGAAAAUAUCCUCCUGUAAAGUUGGUCGAAUAACACGGACUUCUAAUAGAAGAAAGCAGUUGAUCAGUUUUGCAGAAGAGAGUGUUUGCAACUUACUUAAUACAGAAGCUCAGCCUUGUAAAGAAAAGAAAAUUAACAGAAGGAAGUCUCGAGAAACCAAAUGUACAAACAGAGCACUUCCUAAAAAGAACCAGGUUUUAAAAAGGUGCAGAAAGAAGAAAGGAAAGGGAAAGAAAAGUGUCCAGAAAUCUUUAUAUGGAGAAAGAGACAUUGCUUCUAAGAAGCCCCUCCUUAGUCCUAUUCCUGAGCUACCUGAGGUCUCUGAGAUGACCCCUUCCGUUCCGAGCGUCCGAAAGCUGUGUUCAGAUGAUUUCAAUUCAAAUGGUAAAAAUGAAGAAGUGAAGCCUCCUAAAAAUCCAGUUAAAAGAAAGAAUCUCUUGCCCAAGAACCCAGAAGAUUUGCAUACGAAUCAAGGCUUUGAUACUAAAUAUGAUGUGCCUGAAUUCUGCUGCUCUUACAUCAAAAGCUCCUCAUCUCUUGGUAAUGUUACUUUUGACGGAGAUCCAAAUACAAGUACUGUGGAUGUUGAUGAGAAUAAAAAUAUUUCAAAAGCAGAAAAUAAGUUGGAAAGUGAAAAUAAACCAAAAAGUGGGACUGAGGCUGAAAAUAGUCCUAUCUCUUGUGCUUCUGGGACAGAAGGACAUAUUGUAUCCGAUACCCCAAAACCUAACUUUAUGCUGCAGUGGCAAGAAUUUUCUGCUGCUAGUCAAAAUUCGGAAAACCUUUGUCAAAUCUUUAAAAUUUCAGAAGAUAUAAAGUGUGAAAAACAGGAUUUCUUAGUAGCUCCAGAGGGGAAACUGCAGUGCAAUUUAAUGCCUGACUCACAAAGAGAAUUUAAUUGUUUAGAAGAUGUCUUACUUGAAAAUAUAAAGGAAUCUAAAAGUCAAAGUGAAGAUUUGGGAAGAAAAUCCUCUGAAAGUAGCAGCUUUAUGAAUCGUAGAGAAAGGAAACAUAGAAGACGCUCUAUGUGCUGUUCUGAUGCUCAGAGUUUAUCUUUGGAAGAAAACAGAAAUCACGAGCCUUCCCACAGUGUGGGCAGCUCUGUAGAAACCAGAGAAACCAGUUUAGAAAAUCCCGAACUGUACAAAGAUUUAUCUGACGCCAUAGAGCAAACCUUUCAGAGAGCAAACAGUGAAACCAGAGUGCGACGUAGCACUAGGCUCCGAAAAGAUUCGGAAAACGAAGGGCUUGUGUGGAUUUCGCUUCCAUUUUCUCCCACUUCCCAAAAAACCAAAAGGAGGACAAUAUGUGCAUUUGACAGCAGAGAGUUUGGAAGUGUGCCUCCCAGGAAAGAAAGAGCGUCCUCUGGGCAACAUCAGUGUACGGUGCUGUCCGUCCCAGGUACAGAGAGCAGCGAGGGCUCUGCCGUUCGUUCUUCUGAUCCACCUGGGGAGAGGAGGGAGAGCUGCUCCGCGUGGACACUUGCAAAUGCUGGCACGACUGCUCAGUCCAGACGCUGCAGAAGAACCACCCUUCUCUUCCAGAAGGGAGGACGCUCUCUAACUGACUUGGAAAGCAUUGAACCCAGCGGAGAACUAAAUCAGUAACUACAUUUCCUGCAGAGCAUUUUGGCAAGAGAAGGUAACCAUCCACACCAGAAAGAUUCAUUCCUACUA